GAAGACUUGCAGCUGCACCUGCUGCUACAAAGUACUGAAUGAAGGGUCUGAAUACUUUUGAAAGGUUUAGCCUCAUCUCAGUGACACGGACGGUACCCCACGAUACGGAACCUAACGCGUCUCUCAAGGAACUUGUGGAAAGUUACUGGCAGCAUAUUCUGUUUUCAUAUUUGGAUUACGACAGUAAAGUGAAACUGUGAAUCCAGCAUGGGAACUAACCCAAAAAGGACAGUGACAGUUCAGAUGGUGCCUCAGCUGGACACGCUGGGCAAUAAGGAGUCUAAUGCCAACUGGACUAAAGAGCCCAACCUCGCACUGUCUCAGGUUUGUCCAAAACCCACCCUCACAUCUCCUGACCACAAACAGGAUAAAUUAUCUCUCACUGCUGCUCCCACUAACAGCAUCCCACAUACCCCCAAAACAGCUUCCAAGAGCGAUGAACCAGUUAGCAGUGUGUUGUCAGACAAACCAGUACCAGCCAAUGGAAACCAGACAAAAUGUGAGCAUGUGACAGGUGGAGACCAACAAAUGCCAGACAUGUCUCCACAAGGCCAAGGUAUUGGUGUGGCAGGCGGUGACCAAAGGGAUUCUAAUGCUAAUAUGAAAGCAGUAAGUCUGACUGAUGAAAAAGAUAUGUGUAAGGCAGGUUUGUCAGCUGCUAUUACAGCGUCCAAGGUCAACAUGCAGACCAGUGACUGUAGAAUAAAAGGACCAAGUGCAGCAGAGAAGGAGUGUACAAAGCCAGCGUCCUCAGCCAAAGCCACAGCACAAGAGGACAAGAAAAAACAUGUUUCUCCAAAUAACAAAAGUCUUAAUAAUGCUUGCGAAUUAAGGCAAACAGCAUCUGCACCUCAACAGGAUAAUAAAGGGAGUCUGUCAGCUCCCAAAAACAAGCACACUGCUGUACUACAGAAAUCUAAAGAGUCUGCUCAUAUACAAAGUUCCUCACAAAGCUCUGUCAGUCUGAAAGAGGCUCCCAGACCCAAAAGCAUAGAAACUACAGCUCUACUGAGCUCUACUACGCCAUCUUCUAAGAGCAAAGAAGCAAAGGCAGGCUCUACAAAUAAGAAUUCAAGUUCAAUACUUCCAGAGAAGGAUAUGAAAACAGCAAAGAAACCACAAGUCUCUUCUGGCAAACAUCAUCCAGUGUCUUCAGGAAAGGACUCCCCUCUGCCACAGGCUACACAAACCAUGGUGACAUGUGGACAGGUGGCUGAGGAAGCCAGCCAGACUGACACAGCUGUCUAUGAAGGACAGCAGCAGCGAUGUAAACUCUACAGGGAGGCUUCAACUAUGACCUCAUCCACCCCAGUCAAACAGUGUCAUGACAUGGAGGUUCAGGCGGUGGCUAACAUAUGUAGUAAGGCUGUGGCCACAAGUCCAAGCCUGCAGGCCUUUGCUGCGACUCAUAGGCUGAGUGCAGGUGCACUGCCCAGGGAGGAGGUAGAGAGCCUUUCUGUAUUCUAUCAGGUGGAUGAGGGUGUGGGUCUGCAUCAGAUGAAUAUGGCUUCUCUAUCCACCUCUACUGGUUCGGGGUCAGAGAAACUCACUGUUGAGGCAGAGAUGUACCCCACCCAGCUUUUCCACUCAGAAACCUUGUCUAAACAGGAAGAUGCUAAACUAGGGGCCAAGCCUAAAGAUCCGGGGUCAGCUCUAUGCAACAUCCAGCCAGUUUAUCAAAUCAAUAUUGAACACAGCAACUACAGACAUCAAGGAGAGACAGGUAACUCCCAGUAUAAAAGUGGAGUUCAGACAUCUGCAGCAAAAACAGCCACUAUGGAAGCUCAUACUCUUAAAUCAGAAACACCCCCAGAGGCAGCUUCCAAGUCAGGAACUGCUGACAAUAACAAUGCUGCUCUGUCUCAGGCUGCUGUUACAGUCAAGUUCGACCAGGCCCUGCCAACAACACCAGCAGCAAACUUCACAUCCAAGUCAGAGCUGACUAAAAAUACAGCUGAACAUUCAACAAAAAAGAGCAAUGAAGCUGGAAGCCAAGCACUGACAAAGGACACAAAUAUUGAACCAGAGAAAAAUAACAAAGAGGAUGACCAGUCAGGAAAGCAGAAAGAAAAAAGUGUCCAUGAUGUCGUCUGGGAUGAGCAAGGGAUGACUUGGGAGGUCUAUGGGGCUUCUGUGGACCCAGAAUCUCUUGGGUUUGCCAUUCAGAGCCAUUUGCAGUGCAAAAUCAAGGAGCAAGAGAAGAAACUGAUAGCCCAGACCUCCUUGCGAAAGUCCAUCUCUGGUGCUGACACGCCGCGACUUGGAAGGAAGAACAAAAGGAGGCAGCAGAACAUAUUCAGGUCAAUGCUGCAAAAUGUCAGACGGCCCAACUGCUGCGCACGUCCCCCUCCCUCCUCCGUCCUCGAGUAGCACAGCACAGAAGUAGCCAAUGUCAAACUCCUCCUGUGUCCUAGAGGUCAGACUUGUUUGUCUCAUCAUGAUUGCAAUGCCAAGCGAAACAUUAAUGGGGCAACAAUAUCUGUAAGUAAGUAUACUGGAAUGUUGUAGCAUAAAGAGUCAAACUAUUUGUGAUGUUCAAAAAAAGUAGGAAAUAUAAAUGUAAAAUGAACAACUCUAGAUGUAUUUUCUAGAAAUAGAUAUUUAAAAAAGAGCAGUUUUUAUAUAACAAAGGCAAUAAUAGUGAAAUGCAUGUAGAUUAGUUACAAUGGCAGUUGCACUGUAUCACCUAAAAUGAAGUCCAGAUCUCCAUAGAAAAUUGGCCUGAUCAUGGGCUAGACAUAUUACUUACUGUCAGAAUAUUUGUGCAAAUAUAUUAAACAAACAUCUCAUUGCAUUUGGUGCAUCUGGUAUAUAUGUUUUUGAGGUGUUUUGGGACCCUACAUUUAUAAGAUUGCUGUAUUUUCUUUCAUGUGCAUCUAUUUUUAGUGAGUGAUUAUGUUGUGCAAAACAGGACUGUAUGCAUAAUGCUUUGU